CGUCAGAUCGCUGGUGGGGAUUUCUCGUGCAGCACGAAAAACUCGUUUGCGAGGUUUUGUUUGCGCACCCGCAAGACAGUAUUCGGUAAAGCUUGCCGCGCUCAACACGUGAACCUCCAUAGGUAAUGUGGCGCUGCGCGUAUAUUCCCGUCGUUGUCGGCUCGUUGUCGCGAAGCUUCUAAUGAAAACAAACCGUUUGCCGUCCGAUCAAAUAGUGUUUAUAGUGUUUCAAAUGCAAUUCAUCAAGCCACGACAACUGCAUUGAUAGCUAGAAAAUGAUAACAAGUAUCAAAAAUGUGUUUUGUGAUGAGAAAUGGUAAAAUCGAAAAUCCAAAACGUGCUAAAAACUGCAGCAACCGAGAAAACUAUACAAUGAACGACGUAUCGACCAACAGCUACUGAAACGCAUAUACCUCUUUUUUACACACACGUCGAGUUGCCAAUUAAUUGUGCACAUAGGAAAAGAUGCGGAUGCUUUUGACUUUAAUCCUAGUACAUUUAGCCACAUGUUUGAGUAAAGCAACGACGCAAAAUAUAGUGCAAAGUAGUUCAAGUAUUAUAUCUGCAAAACUUCCAUCCAGAAGGAAUCAUGGCAGGACUAUAGAGCGAUUGAUUGGUGGCCAUGUACUUUUCAAUCGUGAAGUAUAUAGAAAUUUAAGAAAUGUCAACCUAAAAAAAGCGAAUAGCAGUACGAAUCUAAAUAUUUUUAGCCGUGAUAAAAAUAUUAAUUUAGCAGAAAAUAAUGAAAUCGAUGACGGUUUAUUGCUCACGGCUAGCGCAGGAAACGGCAGUGGAAAAGAAACAACCAACAGUACUAAAAAGGAAGAAAGUAAAAAGACGUUGUCAGAUCAGGUAGCCGAAGGUAAAUACGGCCUCAUUCAUAAAGAGCUUUUCUCAACAACGCCUAAACGACCAGGAGUUUUAAGUUACAAGUCAAACUCAGAAGUACCGAAGGAUGAUGCCAGAAACUAUGGGGGAUUAAAUGAUGAAGAAAUUUGGCUAGCGGAAGAUCACUUGUUGGUUCUCAAAGGUGGAUCCGUCAACAAAAAUAAUAAUAAACCGAAAUGGAAGCCUAUUGAUGACUAUGACGCCCCUACUAGACAAGUUAAACUACCCUUAAACCCGAAAGUUCCGCCUCCCUUUCCUGUCCAGCUCACCGACGAUGGCCCGAUACAGUUUAUCGGAAAUAAUAAACUUCCGGUAUACAAUCCGUUCACAAAUCAGACAGUUUUUCUCUUCUCUAAUGAGAGAGUCCCAGACAUUAAAGCCGACGAUCUCAAUAAAAAAAAUCCCCCUCCCUGGAAUGGAAAGGACGGCCCUCCUUCGCAGUUUAACGGAUAUCAAUACCCACCCCCAGCUCCGCUCCCACUUGGUAAACCAAACCAGACGUUCUCGAAUCCGUUCUUAAAUCUGCCACCAUUACCGCCAUUCCCACUUCCCCCUCAAUCGGGCUCAUUCGAUGAACAAAACAGCACCGAUAUUGACGAAGACGACCCAUCGCUGUAUUAUCCACCUCCUUAUAGUUUUGAAUACAAGAGUAACUAUAGCAAUCCGGUGUCCCCAGGACCACUUGUUCCAGGAAUUAUAUUGCCACCUCCUCCUAACUUUUUUGCCCCGCUUGACGAAGACAAGAAGCCUGUCAAGACCCCACUUGAUGUAUUAAAUAAGAUUAACGAUAUUAAACUAAGAGAACGUCUGAAAAACACAACUUCAUCGCCUGUAGUAACUACUACUAUCAAAAAUGAACCAACGAGUACAACAGCGAAGCCUGUUAAAGUUAAACCUCUUCGAAUAGAAACUCCAAACUAUAAAAUCGAGAUCGAAAAAGCUAAUGUCAAGAAGUUCCCAGAAAGCAACGAAACAACUGUCCUUCGAACAGUUCGGCCACCCAACAAAGUUCAACUUACAACUACAACGAUUGCACCAACGAAGAAACGAAACAAGGUCAAACCACCAUCAGCAACAAGAACUCAACUGCACAAAGUCAAUGCUCCAAUAUCUCCUCCUCUUAUCUCACUAAGUCCUGAUAAUAUCAAAGGCAAUCCUAUUUAUUUUGAAUACUUCGACGCUCGUACGCCAACGUUACAGCCGUUUGAAGAUUUUUCGAUUACAACUCCCCUACCAUAUUUAACUACAUUGACAGACGGAAGCUAUGAUAGCCAUUAUCACACUACAACCGUUGGUCCAAUAUUGAACCAACCUACUGUAAAGCAGAAAAGACCGCCGUCGAAAACAUAUCUUCCUACCAAAAACAAAGAUUUGUCUUACGAUGCUCCUGAUGCAGAGGCUUAUCGUUACAAAACUAUGCAAGAAUUUAAUAGAGAAAUCGAAACUAUACGACAAACGUUGAGGCUCUAUGAACAUUCCGUUCCAAUAAUUAACAAUUUGAGAACUCCUAAAGCACGGCCUAUCUACGAUUUCUCUUUUGACUUGAGAUCACCCAUAACUUCCCCGGUCCAAUCAUAUCCAUUUGGCCAUCAGCACAUACCCAAUCAACCGUUGAAGAGUGAUUUUAGACCUACUGCAUUACCUUUUAAUCAAAACUUUUAUAACCAGCACUCUGCAAAUAUUCCGCCUAUUCAAACGAGACCUUUACAAUCAUAUGACAAACCGGAUCCUCACCACAAUAAUUACAACUAUAGGGAUCACGCAGUUAAUGUAGAAAUUACUAGUGCAAAUCCCCACUCUGGUUAUCCUCCAUUCACUACUGCAAGACCUGUAUUUUACGAUCAACCCAAUUGGUAUAGUAUUGAAAAAGUCAGGGUUCAUGAGAUACCGAAGCCUUUGAUCUACAAUAAUGGAGCGAGUGGAUACAAUCCUAAAUUGUAUCUUCCCAGUAAAUUCACAUAUCAAGCCAAUGUUCCCAGUAAAACAGUUUUAAAUCAAUCAUCGAAUCAACAGUACGACCACAAUCCAACUCGACAGCCCUCCUCCAAUACGCGUCAAAAAGGCAAAUAUUCCUCUCGAAACCAACAACAAAGAAAUGAAGGAUAUUUAGAUAAAGAUAUAUUGAUUAAUUAUAAACAUCCGCUACCCGCUAUCAAUCCCGAUAGCGAGCUUUUGCCAUAUAACGGUAGGAACACAAAGCCAAUUAUUCAAUAUCAUUUACCCGGUGAUAAAGCCCACGUUUAUUUCAUCACACCACAAGAACUGAAAUAUCCGUAAUAUGAGGCUUUAUUUCGGUUAUUGGAAUAUUGUGCAAUGAGUAUAGAGAAUGGCGAAAAACGCAAUAAACAAAUUGUCAUGAAAAAAAAACUUGCUGAUUGUGAUAAAUAAAUAAUGCAUAGAAUGUUGAUAAAGUAAGACAUCUAUUGAACUGCAACACAAUAUUUAUUUCACGAGAUAAAUAAAUUAUUUACCGCUUUUUUGCUCAUGAUAAUACAUUUUGGUUUUCCAAACUAUUGCCUCACUUUGCAAAAAUAAAUUAGUUGAAUUCGA